AUGGCCCAACACAACCCUGACAACUCAGACUCCAUCUACACUGCUCAUUUAAUCAAUCAGAUCCAUGUGAACCUCGAUUUGCUCCUACAGCAAGCUAAGAUCUCUCGCGACAAAGUUGGGAUCAUCAAGGAAGCUCUUCCUCAAUCCUCCAGCCGUGCCCACUCAGCCUUACCCGAGCCAUCCUUUCCACACGGCAGGGCUCCUUCUUUGCCUCAACCGACGCCCAUCACCCAAAACGGACACCCUCAAUCUCAUUCUCAUUCUCAGCCCUCUCCCCACCAUUUACCAUCUUCUGUGACAGCACCACCACCACCACCACUGGCCCAUCAACCACCCCAGCAAUAUAAGCAAGCCAGAGCCUUAUGGGCUUACCACGGCUCAGCAGCUGAUGAUCUGAGCUUCGAGAAGGGGGAGAUCAUCGUCAUUUUAGCCGAAGAGAAUCCUGACUGGUGGCGAGGGCAGGUUUUGAACAGCCAGCAACCCGGCGGGCUCUUUCCUAGCAACCAUGUCGAAGUGAUUUCGCCGCCGUUACAAUCCACCCAUUCACCAAGCCCACAAUAUCGGCACCACCAAUCCAUCGCUCCUUACCCGCCCGGACCACCUCAAGGUAAUCCGGGAUGUCAAUCACCUGCAUACAGUCAAGCGCCUCAGUACGGCGAUUAUAAAGCACCACAGGCUGCUCCGCCUCCACCCUUACAGCACACUCAGAGUGCCCCCCCGGUGAAUAUCACUGUUGAGAAACCCAAGAAAAAUUUACUCCAGGGUAGAUUCGGGCAAGCAUUGGCUGGUGGAGCAGGUUUUGGAGCCGGAUCAGCGGUGGCAACCCAUGUUGUCAACGCGAUCCUCUGA